GGGAAGGGGAGGGCAGCCAAGGUGGCGGCAGCGCUUUGUUAGGCGGAGGGAGCCGCCGGGGGCCGCAGGGUGGGGCCGGCGGUCCCGCUGCGCGCCGGGGCGAGCGCUGGGCGAAGCCCCCGCGGAUGCUCGCCGUGCCCCUGCCUCCUCCGCCUCCUCCUUUGUCGAGCCGGGACCUGCUCCUGGAAGAGGAGCUAGCGAGGAAAUAAAAACAAGGUCGAGUUCAUGUUUGAGAAGUUCGGGUGCAGGAGAGCCUGGAUUUUUGGCUUUUUGAAGAAACAGUAGAAAAUGCAAAACGAAAUAAUAAAGCCUGCUAAAUACUUCUCGGAAGUGGAGAAGAGUGUGCUGCUUGCAUUGGUUGAAAAAUACAAAUAUGUGCUUGAAUGUAAAAAAAGUGAUGCAAGAACUAUUGCUCUGAAACAACGUACUUGGCAAGCACUAGCUCAUGAAUAUAAUUCACAGCCCAGUGUAUCUCUGCGAGACUUCAAGCAGUUGAAGAAAUGCUGGGAAAAUAUCAAGGCACGGACAAAAAAGAUAAUGGCACAUGAAAGGCGGGAGAAGGUAAAAAGAAGUAUUAGUCCACUUAUAAAUACUCACAUCAUAGGGAAAGAGAAGAUUGCCAGCAUAAUGCCUGAGCAAAUGUACUUUUUGCAGAGCCCACCAGAAGAAGAUUCUGAAUAUCAGCCUGAUGCUUCUAGUCAAGAGUCAUUUGUCGUCUCGAGUAGAGAACUCUGUGAUGAAGAGAAAGAACUGGUACAUUUUCCAGUAUGUGAAGGUACCUCCCAACCUGAGCCUUCAUGUUCUGAUGUCAGAAUAGCAGCAGAUAAGAACUACAGAAGUAAAGCAUCUCAGGAAAGUGCCCUGAAAAAGAUGCAUGAGGAAGAACAUCAUCAGCAAAUGUCAAUUUUGCAAUUGCAAUUAAUCCAAAUGAAUGAAGUUCAUGUGGCAAAAAUACAGCAAAUAGAAAGAGAGUGCGAGAUGGCCGAAGAGGAACACAGGAUAAAAAUGGAAGUGCUAAAUAAAAAGAAAAUGUAUUGGGAGAGAAAACUGCAGACCAUCACAAAAGAAUGGCCUGUAUCAUCCUUUAACAGACCCUUUCCUAAUUCACCGUAGAACAUAAUGGGGCAGAGAGUCAGUCUGACUGAGCACAUUUAUGAGUAAUGCACACUGGAAAGAGGGUUUUUUUAAUGUGAAUGUGCAGUGGAAGAUAGGUGCCCGGCUGAUAAUGAACACACUUUGCCUCUUAGUGAAACAGUGGUAGAGUCCACCAAAGGGAAAACUGUAUUGUUCAUUUGUAGGUAGUUCAGAUUUAUUUACCUUUCAGACAUGCAGAGUGUUCUAAAAUGUGAACAUAUUUUCCCCUUUCAGAAUGCCCUAACAUCCUUUUGAAAUUUAAGGUACUCCAGGUAUUCUUAUAUUGGGUGUCCUUAAGAAAACUUAAUAGCUUUAAACAUCAGGUUACAGUGUUUAUUUUGAUUUCUAUCUCUUCCCAUAUACCAUUUCCCAAAUGAUGGCAAGGGUUGGAGUUGCUCUCUGCUAUUGAGACAAAAGGUGAUCAACAAGUAUUGGUUGGAUUUUUAUGCUGGAGCUUAGGGAAAAGAAAGCUUGUCUGUGGUUGAUAUAGUCCAUAACUUAUUCUUCACAGAAGAUGUGACAAUGAACGAUGGAGCGAAAGGACCGCUGUUGUAACUGAACCCUUUGCUUGUGAAGGACAGCAGUAUUUUCCAGCUGACUGGCUGAGUGAGACAAUCGUGGGUUUGCCCUUCAGUUGUUGAGCCUUGACCUUUAGGAAGUCAGAAAGAAGGUAACUUCUUCCUCGAAAGCCAUUGUGCUUGUACUCUCUUUUCUAGGCCCAUCUUAUGUUCGAGUAGAAUACCAAAAUAAGGAGGGAUUCAUGCUGCCGUCAGUGCUGUGUGCUGUUCACCUGGAGCCGCUAAGAGGGGAAGAGCUUUUUAAUAAUUCGUAAAGCUCUUAAAAUGUAGGAAGCCAUCUAGUCCAUUGGCAAAAUCUUCCUUUGUACCCCCAUGCAAUAAUUUCUGGCAUGACUGGAGGAUGUCAGCCUCUCCCUAGCUACAAGAAAAGACUAAGACUCGCCCUCUUUACCUUUGUAUAGGAUGGGAAACAGUUCAAGGGAAUCAUUCCUCUCUUAGAACACUGUUCUGUGUUCCAUCCUGUGUGUUCUGGUGGUGUGUUUCUUGCCUUUGCUGUCAGUGAGGCAUGCUUUUUAAGAAAGGAAUUUUUAAGAAAGGAAUCACAAGAAAGUCCCCAUAGAGUUUGAGGGCACAGAAUUGUAGAUGGUAGAAAUGUCAAAUACGAUAAUCCUUCCCUGGGCAAUCUUUUAGUCUAGUGAAGCAAGGGUUAAGAACAUGUGAAAUGCAAAACUCCACAAAGAUUCAUAAGAACUUCUGAUGUGUGAAAAGCUCUUACAGGAAGGUAUACAACCAGUGAGAAAAAUGAACAGAAACAUAAGUUUUCCUGGAAAACCCGCAUAUCCCGUUAUUCAAUAAAGUAUUUUCAGACCAUUAUUUGUGGGGACAAGUCCAUCCAAUGAGCAACAUGUUCAAAUCAGAGUAUGUUACAAAACAUACAUUCCCAGUUACACUCCCGUUUUUCCCCUGGAUGUUCUUUCUGGUGGAGUAAGUUCCUUUUGGUUUUGGUUUGGGGGGGGGGAGCUUUUUGUGGGUCAGUUGUUAUUUUUUUAUGAGCUGCUUUCACUGCUGGUGGUUCAUCUUCACAAACACUGCCAUUAUCAACCACAGCAUUCACUGUGGUUAACACUGUGGUUCACGCAUCGCUCCCUUCAACGUGCUAACACCAGCAAUUGCAAUGGGAGUGAUUUAUUGUGACUUAUUUUAUAUGACAGAGAAAAAAAAAUUGCAGAGCUGCUGCAAGUUCUAUAAAAUGGUCCGUGUAUGAAAUCUGAAGACAGAUCUUUUUGACAGCAAACUCAGUUUUCUUAUAAAUUGCCUGCGUGAAGAAAGCACAGGACUUCCAAAGAGCGAUAUCAUUAUGGACAAUUUUUUUUCCUACUGAAUGGAAGCACUAUUGGAAGGUAGGAAAAUGAUGUAUAAUAACAGUGGAGGCAAAAGAAAGAAGUAAGCAGGAGCGAAGACAUUUUUUGUUCUGAGAUUGCAGUUAUUUGAGUGGUUAUGACAAUUGCUCAGGCACCAUUCAGAAAAAAAGAUUAGGAAAGACAUUUCUCUUAUCCAAUGGUGGGUUUCCUUCCACAAUGCUUCUAAGUGGAAGUAAUUUGAAACUAUGAAAUUGAAACCAUGCAUGUUAAGGUGUUAAAAGAUGAUGGAUGGAGACAAUUUCUGCCCUGUAAAGAGAGCAAGAAUGGAGAGAUAAUCCAGGUCUAAAUAGCCCUGUGAGGAAGUAUGAAAUAGCCCAGGGAGAAGACCAUGGUAUUUGAGAUAAGGGUAGUUCUGACUUUUCAAUAGUUAUACCAUUGCUUGUGAAUGGUUUUUCUUUUUUUUUUUUUAUUUUUAUAUUAAAAAAUAAUUUAAAAUAUUCAUGUUUUCAGACUGUAUUAAGUGGGCAAUGCCCUUGCAUUUUGGUAUACAUACUGAUUCUUAAACUGAAAAAUAGAUCCUUUUAAUUCAGCUUCUAUUCAAAAGAAAGAAAAUCAUAGGAGAAAAAUUAGAAAGAGCCAUGAUAAAGAAAUGGAAGAAAAACUGAUCAGUGCAUAUGUAGAGGAAUGUCAGACCUAAUACAAAUGAUACAAGAGGCUGUUGUGGUACAGGUAACAGAUGACUUACUGGUGACACAGGUUUUUGUUUUCCCAUGUGUAGUUGACUGUUGAUUGCUGUAAGUUUGAGAGAUAGAUACGGAAAAACCAUAAAAGAUCAACAAGAUGAAGUCGUGUGUCUCCUUGCCUAGCUUUGGCUUCUCCAUCUAAAAGCUCUAUAAGGUGACCAGUGUGGUGAUGUUUAAACGACUUGAGGAAUGUAGCUUUUACAACGGUUUUUUUUUUUGCAAUUACUUCCUCUGCUGUUAGGGUUUAUCUUUUUUGUGUUCAGCUUUUCUUAUAUGUAAGAUAGCCAACUCAGAAAAUAAGUCCAUUUGUUCCUUUCCAUUUUUUUAGCUCACAUCAUUCAGAUAUUUCCAUGUAUUUGUGUUUUUCUGUUAAUCAUUUGGCCCAGCUAUACAGGCAAUUUCCCUAGGUUUUAUCAUAGAUAAAAUGCAACCACAUGUUAAGAAGAAGAAUAUACCUGUUCUUCUUCUCUGGAUUUGUUAUACAAGUGGUUGACAAGAAGGUAGUUAGAAGAUACAGUGGACAAAAUGAUCCUUGCUUAAGUCCAUAAGAAAAUAUACAUACCAGACAUCGUGGCCAUUGUUCUGUGUCUCUAAGUUCUUGUGCCAAGAAACCAUCACCUUCUAGACAAGGUACGGUGAAUUCCUUUAUGCUCCCCAAAAUUACACUAACCUGGCUCCUAGUGCUGUCUCCUUGGAGACCAUCUAACUUGUCAUCUGGUAGAAUCUUUUUUAUUUGUUGAUUUUUUUCCUUCUGUAUUUUUCUUAUGUCUACGUACCUCCUUAUUUUUUUAGCCAGCAAUAUAAGAAGGGGAUUUCAUCCUGAGCUAUGUGUUUUGCUUGUUCCUUUCUCUUGCCCAGAUUUCCUAUUAUCACAACAUUUGAGCAUGAAAUGAGUGCUCCUUACAGUAGCCGUCUUCCCCUCUCACAGAAAGCAAGUUCAACAGGACUGCCCAUACAUUUUGAACUCAGUGCACAGGCUAGUAUAGCAAAGGGGCUGUAUAGAGAAGAGCGCUUUCCACAUUCUAGUUCCAAAUAAUUCUUGGAGGACAGUCUGGGACUAUAAAAUCAUUCAUCAGGACCAGAGCUAAUGCAGGAUGCUGAAUCUGUGUAAGCAGUACCGAUUUUUUCAUAAAUCCUUAGGGUUCUGCAGAGGUUAGGCUUGGGAUUUUCUGACAGUAAAAUUCCUUCUUUCUAGGCAGUAGAAGAGUCUCACCAGAAUAUUUUCACAGAUGCUUCCUCAAAUCCAGUUUCUUACAUUGACAAAGAAAUAAUCCAUCCUACAAUCUGUUACACUACUUCCUUCAACACCCAGGCUGCUCUGUUACAGGAGCAAGGGAUCUUGCUCCUUGCCACAAAUCCUCUCCGUGAUGCUUCUUCCUAAACUGCAGAGAUGUGUUUAGCCAGGGCUGAAAGACGCAGCUGUCCUGGCUCCUCAGAGGCUCGUCCCUUUGGAGCAGGUAGAGCUGGUGUGGUCAGAACCAUAGGGCUGAAAUAGCCUUGCUGCAGGCUUUUGACUGGAGAAAGGAAGAGUGGCUCAGGGCAACCCUUUUCUGGGUUAUACCACAUCAAGUGCAGCUGAGGAGGUAGUCCUGGAUUUUGUUUCAUGAUCACUUCUCUUUGCAUGUUUCCAAUAUCGAAUUUUAGUAUUCUCCUAAGGAUUUGUAUGGUUACGUAACUUUUUUUCAAUGAUCUUUUGCAGAUAUUUUCUUUUGCUUGGUUGUAGUUAUAGCGGCUUCUGCGAUCUGUUUUCCUCCUUCUUCCUCAUUUGUAUUACAAUGCUUUCAGUUUAAUUUUAAAUCCUUGUGGUUACAGUCCAUACAACUCCACACCCAUGCACUACUGUAUUUCCAGAUAUUUUUCUCAUGAUGACAUUUAAACAAUAAAGUGCUGCACAUUUAUAUAUUAUUACUUUGGGGUAGGGGAACUACACAUAAAUCUUAAAAUAACCUUUUUAAUUGUAUUUUUUUACAGGUGAGUAAAUCCCCUUACAAGAAGUCCUAUGGUCUCGUAUUUUGAGCUAGCUUGUUCAAAGCUAUUUUUAUAAGACUGGUGCAUCUUUGUUGUUUUCAUAAGAUAAUUGCCUGUCUUUUUGCAUUAUUUUUGUUUCUUCUCAAAGCAGCUGACUCACACAUCAUCACUUUUCCUGAAUUUGUCUCUAGUUAGACAUUCAAAAACAUUUCCAUGCAAAGUAAGUACUAACGUGUAGUAAAAUUAGUAUGUUUAGGCUAAUAAAAUAAACCAAUUAACAAGAUGACAGUAUAAUAAGCAGUGACUUAAUAUAAUUUAAAAAAAAUUAAAGGGCCACUCUGUACAUUUGAUAAAAAGAAAUGAGACAAUUUGUUGCCUUCUAUGAGAAUAAGAUAAUAAUAUAUUUUUACAGUAAAAGUAAGCAGUGAUCUCUGUUUCCAGUAUCACAGAUUAACUUCUGUGCUACUGAUUUACCAAGUUCUUUGCUUCUUAGAUAUUUUUAAUUCUUUUAAUAAUUUUUUUGUCCUAAAAUUACAUAAAACAUCUUGAUUUCCUUAUUUGUAAAGAAGGUACGCACAGAAGCAUGGCCAGAUUUCUGGGUCUAAAACAAGAGCAAUAAGGUAGAAAAGUGAUAGCUGUGGUUCUGAAAGUUUUACUGUUCUGGGAGUGAGGGGGUUAGGCACCCCACAACAUCAUCAGUCAUGUUAAUAAGGCUGAACAAAUUAAAAACUUGCAAAGGCAAAGAAACUGGGCUUGCACUGUUUUCAAAGCUAGUCAGAAGUGAAGACAUCUCUUAGGUGUCCUACGUGGUAACACUAUCACCUAUGUUGAACAACUCCACUGUGUGGUCUUCCCUGAUUACUCUUUCCUUUGAGACUCUGGACAUUUCCAUCAUACCAUUCACAGCUCCAAGUGCCUGACAAUAAGAAAGUAACCACGUCAAGUAGGAAUCCUGCCAGAGUUAUUACACCUCACUCUUGCCUCGACUGAAGUUGGACAGUUUCCUGAGACUGUAUUAUUCAGAUAAACACGUUAUCCACAGUGUGGCUGUGAGUUAGAAAACUGUCACGCUCAUGAGGGUGCAUGAAUGCAUCUCACUGGAUGGUUAACCUCUUUAACAGUAAGAAUCUGGAUAUAAAUCUACUUUAUAUAUACAGUUUAGGGAAAGAGCUCUCUAAUAUAACAGAAAUAAAGCAAGAUAGAUUUCUAGAUAGUCCUUAUUUAAUGUGUUUGGUUUUUUUUCUGUUGAUCGAGAUUGUUUGUUUUCCUUUUGUUAUUCAAUCCAACUGCAGCAUACUUUUGUUCUUCAGUUUCUGACCAAACAUUAGAACACCUAAUUAAUCAAAUUUGUUUGGCAAGAGAAUAGAAGUAGAUUUGCAUUCAGCACAACUUGAGAUUGAUCAUAUUCCACUAGUCUUCAGCUAUUUCUUCUCGUGUAUAAUAGCCUGUUCUUGGACAGUCUUGAAUCUGAAACUGGCAUUAUAAGCCAAUUUAAUAGUAAUUUAUUAUUUAUAUAGUGCUAACGAGGUGACAUAUAUGUUUCUUGAGCUCUGUCCAUUAUUUGGUCAUGUGCAAACCCUUUCCCUUUUCUUAGGAUUAUGUCCUGAAACAAUGUACUAAGCCACAAAUAGACCAGAUGAAUUGCCUGUAUAAAUACCGGCCACACAUUCUAUAUCAGAGUAUAAUGUGAGGAAAAGAAAAUCCUGCUUCUGUUCAGUAGUGGAGUUACGCAAUUUUGACCUUUUAAUCACACUGAAGGUUUGCUAGAUACUGUUUUGUUCUAUUAGACACCUACGUGUUCCCACAAAACUGUCCUUCAACCCAAUGAGCCUCGUGGCUUUAUAAUUUUUGAUCACUGAGCACGCAGAUUCUAGGAAGUCUGAAUUGGCAUACACAUCAUAAUUUCUAUUUAUCUGAAAAGAAUCAUGUACAUACUCUCACAUAUGGAGACUAUGGAAACUAUAAACUAGGGAGAUGAUGUGAUGAAUUCGGUAUUUAAAUCAGGCCAGAAAUUUUGUCAGGCUGCAAGUUAUCGAUGCUGACCUGAUAGAGAGGUUCAGUCUCUGCUUGAGGAUCAAUGAUGUCCAAUCCAAAUAUUGCCUUACCUCCAACUUUCCAUCCAAAAUGAGGUAUAAUGAGAGGUCCUUGCCAAACAAAGCAACAGUAGUUUCCAAAAUGAACUUAUUUUGCUUUCAAUUACUGGCUUAUGUGAGGCUCUGAGGCUAGACUGUGUUUUAUGUUGCCCUCUGUUGGUCGCUGACAGCAUUUGAAGGAGAGUUCCCAUACUGAUUUUGUCCUGAUUCCUCUUGCACGCAGUAGUCCCGCUUGGAUGCAGCUAGGCAUGCAGUGGUGCCAUGAGAAGGGACUGUGUCCUCUGGUUGCCCGAGACUGACUCCCUGCAUCUUUUCCAAAUACCAAAUCACUGGUGGUGGAUAAUUUUGAACAAAAAAUAAGAGGCUUUGACUAGCAUGAACAACUAUCAUUGCUAACUGUGUCACUGAGGUGCCUUGUAACACUGGUAAGGUAGCAAAUUCAGAGGUAUAUUCGAUAAAUGAUAGCAAUGAUACUUGUAUCUGUGUCUCAGCCAAUGACAGCAAUGCAAUGCCCUCUGGGGUAAAUCUUGAUUUUACUCCUCUUGACUGACAAAGGAAUUGCUUACUUCUUGUUUAGACUUACACAGCCCUGCUGAAGCCAAGAGGUUUCUCUACACAGUGCCACGCGUUUGACACUAGAUCUCUGCUCUUAUUCUGGUCCAAAUGCCACAACUACCAAUACUGCUCCUGUAAAUCCAGCACAAAUGCACUGUCAGGGACUCAGGCUGGGAAAAUCAGGCAAGGGAAAAGGCUGCUUAAACUUAAAACCUUCUCCUACACACAGCAUUAGCAUAAGUGGCUCAAGCCCCAUGGCACAACAAAGUCGAGCCCAUAUUUCACCACAACUUAAAUAUCAACCACGGACAUAGUGGGUUACUUUGGUGAUCUGUAAAACCAGCUUUGCCUGGUAAGCAAUCAUUUUUUUUAAACUGUAGUAUAGUAAAAUUUUCCAAACCAUAGGACAAGUGAAGAUUAUGCCCUGUCAGUGUUUAGCUGCCAAGAGCAAUAAAUUAACACAGCUUCAGUCUGUCAGAUUCAGUUUUCUGUUAGGAUUAUAUUAACUGCUAUGGGUAUUAUAUCACAUGGGAAUGCUCUCACCUUUCUUCCUUGUAAAAUCUUUGCUACUUAUCAAAUUAGUUCACAUUCUUAAUGUAAAAAAUUAAAGCCAACUCUUUGUGCAUUCCCAGACAGAUAUAUGCAUAAAUCCAAUCAAAUGAACAACAUAUCAAAUAUUUUACUAAUAUUUCAUAUUUUCAGCUCUAUGUGGGUAUUUGUGUUCAUUUAUACUUUCCACUUCUUUUUUUUCUUUUCUCUGAAGAGUCUGAGGUUUAAAAAAGUGAGAGAUCUGAUCUUCAGCUUCUUGAGAUGCAGCUGUCCAGACAUUUUAGUUCCAUAGCAGAAAAAGUUCUGGUAAUCUAUAAAUGCAAAUACAGAAAUAUUUCAGUUUGUUCUACUUCCCAGAGAACUACAAGGCAUAGCCAUAGUAAGUUUGUUUUUGUGGUUGUGUGUUUGGACUUCCACCCACAACCUGCAAUCAGCAUCCAGCAGUGCUAGUGUAAGUGACAGGACAUGGUUUUCAGAGGCGCUAAUCUGCCAUCUUCAGCAGGGGUCAUGGCAAGACAGGAAUUCUAAGCAAAAUGGGCCUUAGAAACCAUGGAUGAGAUUUUCAACAGAGCACGUUGGUUACACUUUCAGAUCCCACGAAUUUCCAUGGGGCACCAGAGCCUCAAUUCCCCUAGGCAUCUUCUGGAAUUUCCAACCCAUGUGACUAUGAGGAAAAAAAAGUACAACUUUUGCUUAUCAAGAGCAACCACAUAAUGGUUUUCUUUAACAAUUUUUCUUUCUGUGAUUUUUGAGUGACUCAUAUGGCUGGGUAAGAACCUCUCUUAUCCAAAAAAUCAUGCAGUUUAACAGAAAUAUUUUUACAAUAUUGAGAAGUGAAAACUCUUUAAGAGAUAAUUUGAUAAUCCGUUUCCAAAUGUGUUAUUGCUGUCUCUGCUAGUGCUACCAUUUGGUGAUAAUAUAUCAUGUUGGUCGUGUUUUGAGAAGUCUUACUCGGCAGAUUUCUAGAAGCCUUAUCUUUCCAAGGGGGAAAUGUAGCUUUCAUUUUAAUUUGGCAAUGAAUCAGGGUAUUAUUUGAGAUUGUUGUGAGAGGUUCUCUGUUCACCAUCACUUUUUCUUAUCCUGCAGAAGCUUCCCCAGUUUUGCAAUUAUAUUCCACCAACAGUGGAAUUGCACCUGAAUUCCUUUGGUCAAGGAGAUUGCAAGGAUCCUCUGAAAACUUCCAAGGUUGUUCAGGAGGCUGAGGAUCACUGCAGUCUAAAUGCAGACACACUGAAAAUCAGACCUCUAAAAUAUCGCUAGCACAAGAGCUUGAGGAUCUCAAGAAGAAACUUGAAUCUUGGUGCUCUGCUUUGUCAUUUUUAUGUAAGUGGUCAAAUAAUUAGGAAACCACUCUUUCUUUACACUGUGCUGUAUUUAUUGUAUGACAUUAGAUUCUGUUGUAUUUUAACAAUAUAUAAAAUUACAUUGUGCUGUGUUUGUGCUUAUAUUUGGUAAGCUUCUAAAACUGAACUAGUACCUAAGUACAGGGCUAUUUGUAAUAAGAUACUUGAAAAUGUAUACACUCCUUCUGAUACUAAAUAUUUUAAUGGAGUAUUAGCUGGUAUCUCCUGUGGUCUUUCCCUUUUAUUAGCAACAUUUUCUGGCUUUUACUUUUUAAAUUGCACUAAAAAUUAUACAUUAUUUAAGAUUCCCUUUUUAGCCAAAUGGUAGCCACUAGAUUAGUCCGAUUUUCCUAGCAUGAUGUCAGCCUCAAUCAUCUCACAUGUUGUAAAUUGUUGCUUUAGUAUUUUAGUGCCUCAAACACCACCAAAGCUGGUCCUGCCCUGCGCGGAAGUAACUUCAGGAAUAGCACCUUUAAACACAAUUUUUUGUUACUGUUGUUUUUAAUUGAUAAAUAAUGCCCACAUCAUAGUGUGAUUCUCUAAGGACCUCACAGUAUGUUUAAUUCCUUAGAAAUGUGAGGAAUGGGAUUUUCAUUAUCUUUAUUGUGUAGCUAAUUUUCAUAAUAAAUUCUUUGUUUUGCCCACAGAAACAGUAAGUAAAAGGAGACAAAAAUAGGGUCCUAAAAUGUAUGCUUUCUAGUGGUUGGCAAUGUGUGAAAUGCAACAAAAAGUACUAUUGCAGGAAGAGAUUCGUUAGUUGUCUGUGUGAGGGGAAUCUACUGUAUGUCUGAAACUCACAGUGUAUGUAAUAAGGAUGACUAACUGUUUAUUUUAGUGCCUUGUUUCUUGUAAAAUGUUUAAUCAUAAAUUACUGAACAUAAAUAAUUAAGAAUUUCUGAGAAAACAUAUCUAAAUAUUGUUAAUAGAAACUGUACAUUCACAGAAAUAUC